AUGGCACUGUCCCAGCUGGACAGGGCAAGGAUCCCAGCGAUCCGGUCCGUCCGCCGCAUCACGCAGUUCUUUGCACCCAGCACCGGAGAUAGUGAAAACGAAGCCCCGGUCCAACUCCGUGACACGGCCAGUGGCAACGACAAGAGGCCUUUUUCCGCGUACCCCGGGCCCAGGCGCGUGUUUCUAGACCCCACCAAAUUCUAUCCGGAGGUGGAGAUCACCGACUCAUCCAUCCUAGACUCGGUGCUCCAGAUAACAUACGAGUCGGUGAAACUGUGGCUGGAGAUCUGCACGGCCAACCUCACCAGCACGGCCCAGACCGGCUCGUUCAUCGAAUUCAUCCAUAAAGGCGAGAUCCAUUUUGGCGCCGUGCUACGAGAACCGUACGCCCGCUUCAACGCAUAUCACAACCGCAUGAUCGUGCUCACGCUCCAUAACGAGCUUGUCAAAGUGCACCCCCAAGACAUCACGUUUGCCAUGCACCGCGUACUAGACGGCGGCUCGAUGUCCCCCCACCAUAUCCUUGCCAACCGCUUCAAUGCCUCGUUCGGCCCGCGAGCAAAGUUGGUGCAGAUCAUCCACCAGUUCAUCGCCGUGGUGGCCGAGACGCGGCGUGUGGUGGCACGUCCGUUGCAAAUAUCCUACUCGAACCUCGCCAGUGUCGAGAGAGCCACUCCCGUCUGUUUUCUGCAGCUUGCCAGACUCACGCACGCUCUAGACCCCGUGCACUUGCCCAGUUAUUUCCACCAAUCGGCCUUUCUCAUGGCCAUGUACUUGCAGAUGUGCAGCGACCCCACCCGAUGGAUGGUUCCUGGAUGCAUGCCCUCGGAACGCAUCACAAACCUCUCGCUAGCACACUGCUCCAACAGUAUCACCCCGCCCCCGGUUCUAUAUGCGGUCCCGGUGCCUGUUUUCGACGCCUUGCUGUCCUUCUUGCAGUCUAGCGAGGGGCAGUUGCGAGACUUCAGUGGAUUCGUUGAGUCGCUUCUCAGGACACCGCCAAAAUUCGACGACUUGGUGCUCCAGUUCGGAAUCUGGGACGGCCGCCGCUACAGCCUGGCGUUGAGGGCCAUGAUGCAUGCCGUGGUAUACCCACACUCCCAGAUCUUGGCCAAGCUCUCGCUGGCGCCUUUGAUGGGCCCCCAUCUUCCAUCACGCGAAUCACUCGUGGCUAUCCUCAGAAAAAUCGGGCUCUACGACAACCCACAAAACCCGCUCACAGACCCGCUUUUGUCGGCUGGUCUUUUGGGGAAGGUGAAGACACACGUCCUCAUUGCAUCCUCCGCAAAAGACUUGGACACAGGCGGACUCCAGCAUUCAGCAUCAGUGGACGCCAAGAAGAAUAGUUUUGCUGACAACUUCCCGCAUCUCCGGAAAUCGAGACUGUUUUUCCACGACACUAAGGCAUACAUUGUCCCUGGGCUCCAUGCGAACUUGGCUGUUUCCAUGGAAGAGAUCAAUUCCCGACGCUUCCUCAUUAAUAUUCACGUUGCAGACCUAGCGUCGCGUCUCAGCCCAUCAUCGGCUACGUAUGCCAAGUGGUCAGAAUGCAAUGCGUUCUUGGACAAUACAAGAAAUCUGCAGGGCAUUGAGAAAUCUAGCCUUCUUCCUUCCGAGGCCACCCAGGAUGUGUUCUUCAGGAAACCCAGGCAUACAGCCCAAAAGGAUUACUUUGCCGUCGGUGAUUUCAUGGACAGCGCAAAAAAAGGUCCUGAAGGUGGAACUCAGACUUGCAUGACCAUCACAUUCGAAUACAACUCUUAUUUGGACGAUCCAAUGAAGAAUCUUUCGGAGUCAGCAACAAUCUCGUUUGAUGCUCUUCAGGACUCGCAAUUCAAGACCUUGGACCCACGCAUGUUGGAAAAGAGCCUCACAGGCAAACUUGAGCCCAGCAUUUUUGGGAAGCUCAAGCUUUUCCAUCAUAAAGAGACAAAGGAACCGCACACAGAGGAACAGCUAGACUCCGAGGACCACUACAAUCUCAACUUCAUCUACAACGUCCUAAAAAGACAUUUUGAAGCUAGGAACAGAAACUAUGCGGUGAGCACAAACCAUAAUGCCCACCAGCGGGAUGUCUACAAGAUGUUCUCUGCUACAGAUUCAGACACAAUCAAAACACACGUUAUGUUGACCAAAGACGAGGAAAUAUUGGAAAAGACGAGGUUCAUGAGAUCCGAGGCCGAAAUCCUCGCCGGCCGUUUGGCGUCGGAGUAUACGGACAAAAACAAGAUCCCAGUUUUCUACGAUUCCAAGGAGUUGAUUGACGCGGAAAGCCCCGAUUCGCAGAUACGAGAUGAGGUCUUGAUCAGACACGAGAACAUGUUGCUCCCAGACUUCACCGCCGCCUCUUACUUCCAACUCCCGUAUGGUCGAGAUGUAAAUGGCCACAUUCCUAUUUCUGCAUACCUUGUGGCUUGCAACUUCUUGGGAAUGGACACCGUGAGUAUGGACCCAACUGCAGCCAACGUCUCUCUCGGAUUACGCACGGGGUUGGUCAAUGUGGUGGAUGCUACCCAGUCGAUGAGAUCGUAUCUAAACCAGCUACAGAUUCUAGAGCACGUGCACUUCACCCAAACAGCCAACGCACAUCUUUUCAAGGAUGCCCGCAGAUUCUCCCAUUUGAAAGCAUUGGGCUACGGUCUACAUGGGGCGAUGAGCAGAGCCACUCUUGAAGAACACACCGAAAAACUAAUGGCGUGCGCAAUAGGUGGCAGUUAUUUGGCAGCCCGCCAGCGAAAGUAUUGGGUGCUCAAGUCAGUGGAGCAAGACCCCGCGAGAUUCUCCGAGAUGAAGUGUGUCAUCACGCAUGUUUUCAAGGACAUCGAUAUGGGCCUGGAAGUAGGCGAAGACGAGCCCGGCACCAAGGGGAAAAUUGUUGACGAAAGUCUGUGGCCCUAUUCUGAGUACCAGACUGUGCGCGCCUACUGUGAGGAAUUGGGAAUCGAGGUCGAUAUGUUGGUGGGCCGCGAGCGCAGAGUGAUGGUAGGCAGCGAGCAAAUUGCCACGAGGAUUCUUCACGUCGAUGCUGUCCUGAGCCAGCUCUUGUUGGGCUAA